CGCGCGCCGCACGUCCUUACGCUCCAUUUGUUCCGCUAUAAUUCACUACCUAUCGAUGUCAAUGAUAUGAGCUAACCAAUUAACAACCGGCCCGACCACUAUAUUACGUGAACACCCAACAGUGAACCGAUACCGAUUCCGCGUACACAACAAUGCGCCCAACGUGAGUACAACCCAAAGGAUUGCAGUGCUACAAUGGCGGUGAUUUAACAUUGUUUUCGCUGUGAUCGGAUAGUGGAAGUGCGUGCGAGACCCGUCGGAAUGUACGAAGUGUCGUGCGUGGCCGGCAACAAAGUGGACGCCGCUUACGCAGUCAAGAGCCUGUCGAACGUGAUACCACCAGGCAUGGGGCACGCGGUCUCGGUGCAGAGGCAUCACGCCCAUUCGCAGUCGUAUAAACACAAGCAGGAGCUGCCGCCGCCGGUCAGCAAGCCUGACGCCAUCAAGUCGCACGUCAUGAGGCUCCUCAAGCGUUCCAAGAGCCACACUCCCGCUACAAGGGCUGAGGAAAACCAACCAGACCCUCGCAACUUUGACCGCCGCACGGUUUUCGCGCGCCCAGUCACCGACGAGCAAAGGCGUCGCAGGAACACGAUUGAGAGAAGGCGUAGUGCCGACAAGAGAGUGAUGGUGACCAUCGUGGACGGACUGCCUGUAGUCGUGACAGGCCAGAACCAGGCGCCGGAACCGCCUCAGCACCCGCCACCGGUCACCCAUCAUCGGCACUCCCACAGAGAUAAGAUGGACAUGCCCAUUCCUGUCUCGCUCGUCGCUCAAUGGAUGUGUUGAAACCAAAUCAACAUCUGUCAGUUGUCUAUAGUUGGAAACAUUCGAUUUGGAUCUUUAAUUUUA